UAUGUACGAAGGUAUAGUACAUGGUCAUUUAGAUCCACCUCUAGAAACUCUUUCCCAUCAAUGGGAUUGCUAAUUUUCAUUUUAUCUCUUCUCACUCCGCUUCUCCUUUUCAACAUCGUGCACCUCUCUUCCUUGUCAGCUUCGGAAAGGUGUUGCUGGUGUCGAGGGCAGUUGUCGACGCUGUGUUGCUAUCGACGGGAAUUCCCUUUUCCCUUGACCACGCUCUUUGGUUUUCUCGAUAUCAGCCACCGGCCAAUUGAACCUCCCUCAUUUGAGCUCAGCAGCUUAAGGUAUUACAUAGCUUUGAGCUUCCCUGGCCGGUUCAUCCGUGGACCGAUUGACAAGACACAACAAACAGCUUAGAGGAUAUUUGGGGUUUUGGGGGAUCGGCAAGGAAACAUCGAAACUACACUGCGCCUUCAAUCCUUUUACACAUAACUCUUCUUAUCUUACCAGAGUCAGAACUGCCAGCUCUGGUUUCAACUUUCCUCUUUCCAUUUCAUAUCCAAUUCCUCAACACAAAAAUCGCUCCUAUCAUGUUCUCCAUUUUCUAAUUGCCUAUCCCU